UCUAAGGGAAAAACAGGAUUAAAGUUUGCUGACAUGCUGUGGCAAUCAGGUGCGCUGUGAAAAGACGGGGGAAAAAUGUCUGGCUAUGUUCCGUGGAAGGAAGAACGAAGCACCUGGGAACUUACUGUAGGUACGGAAGAGUUUUACCUCUGUGAUGUGUGCCUUCAUGUGGGGUUCACUGAGGCUUGGUUGCGAGGCAAGACCAAUCAUUUGUCUUGAAUCUCUGGGCUGGGAGCAGGCAAACUGAGGGGGACGGGACAAGCGAACUCCUCUAUCAAGACCUGAUCUAUUUCCCAAAACAAUUCAGUGUAUUCAUGAGGUUAUGCAAAUUUGGAGCCAGCAAAAUUACCGUAAUCAAUUGAAACAGCGAGUGCGCAUCCAUGGCUGUGAUUAUUUGGAGAUCAUCUAUCAGCCCGAUGUCUAUGUAACGAGGAAAGGGGCUCAUUGAAUAACUGUUGAGUUUCACUGAGAAGUCCAUGAUCAUUGGGCAAGGGACUUUGCUCAGUGAUAAUAGGGCUCCUUGGUCGACGGACGGAAGUAUUUCACCAAACAUUAGAUAGCUGUCUCUGCCCUGCUGAAAGGUGCUGCUUUGAAACUAAACCCCACACUGUCCAGACAAUCUAGUGCACCGUGUUCUCCGUAAUCUCCUUUUUUUCCCCACCUGACAAAAGGAAAAAAGAGGCGUACAAGCCACAGGUCCGAGAGGAUAAACUGAGCAUGGAGGUCAGGUACAACCAAGAGACGGAAGGGAUGGGACUGAAGAAUGGACUACAGAAGGGGAAAGAUGACAAGGACUCCCAGGGAAGCUUGUCCAAAAGCUUCCUGAAGGAGCAGCAGGACUCCUUUUCUCCCUCUGGGACCGUGGACAACUGCGAGAAGAGCCGGGGGAGCACGGGGGACCCGGACUACUGCCGGAGAAUACUGGUCCGAGAUGCUAAAGGCUCUAUCCGAGAGAUUAUCCUGCCUAAGGGUUUGGAUCUGGACCGGCCCAAGCGGACCCGCACCUCCUUCACAGCAGAGCAGCUGUACCGGCUGGAGAUGGAGUUCCAGAGGUGUCAGUACGUGGUCGGGAGGGAACGCACAGAACUGGCCCGCCAGCUCAACCUGUCUGAAACUCAGGUGAAGGUCUGGUUCCAGAACCGGCGCACUAAGCAGAAGAAGGACCAAGGGAAGGACUCAGAGCUGCGUUCGGUGGUCUCAGAGACCGCGGCCACCUGCAGUGUGCUCAGACUGCUGGAGCAGGGCCGGCUUCUGACCCCCCCGGGCCUGCCGGGCAUCUUGCCCCACUGCGGCAGUGGCACCCUGGGCUCCGCCCUGCGCCCCCCCUCCAUGGCCAUGGCCAGCAACAGCAGCAGUAGCAGCAGCAGCGGUGGCAGCACCGGCACGGCGGGGGGCAGCCCUCCUCUGCCGGCUGUCAGCAGCUCAGGGACAGUGGCCGGCCUCUUCAGCUUCCCCAUGCCCUCCUUACUCAGCGGCGUCGCCAACCGCAUCUCCUCCAACCCCCUGUCCAUGGCCGGAUCGUUGGCAGGGAACCUGCAGGAACUUUCCGCCCGCUACUUGAGCUCCUCUGCUUUUGAGCCUUACUCGCGGACCAAUGGCAAAGAAUCCAUGGACAAGAAGAUUCUGGAAUGA